AUGGCGUCAUCCUCUUCUGCUUCCGGCACGCCUGUGCCUUCACCAACGCUGACUACGACACAUCAUCGCGGUUCGCGCUCCCCGCCAUCGGCAUCUAAUGCUCCUCCCAGCCUAACAGUGACACCACCAAGCGCCGCACCUCGCACAGCCUCUUCCAAUGUCAUCCAAACUCAUCCUCCCACCUUCGGCUCUGGCACCGAUAACGAAGCGGGGGGUAUCAACGUGACGAGUCCACUCCCUUCCGGAUCCAGCGACCCGGCCAACUUUCCGGUUGUGAGUUCAGUCAUUUCCACAAGUGAUAGGUCCUCAGCACCGGGCACCGGCGGAGUCAAAAGACCAGACAACUACAACAGGAAAAGGAGCGGAAGUCUGGUUCAUGUGGAAAAGAUUCAACUUUCUCCUGUAGAAUUGUUGGAUCAAUCGGCUGGUUUCAAUCCCAAUGCGGAGUGGGUCAAUUAUAAAGGUGCUUGGGUCAUCCAUGUCGUUCUCAUCAUUGCCGGAAAGAUUCUGGUCGAAUGCAUUCCCGGUAUUAGUCAGGAUAUCAGCUGGACCAUUGUCAAUCUGGGGUACAUCAUUGUGAGUCGGGUCAUGCUAUAGACGAAUUGCAUACAGUCCAGAGGACUCCUGGACGACAAGGCGUGGCAGACGCUUCUGCGCCCCACGCCUCCUUCUUUGGACUUGCCCAAGGAAGUGUGGAGGCUCUACCACCUAGGUGCCACUCGAGCAUCGUGCGGGGCUCAAAACCUUGUGUUCUGCUCGCUGACGCUUUCUAAAUGCUUCACGUUUCUCAGAUCUCGCACAUCAUGUUUCACCACGUCCAGGGGACGCCAUUCGAAAGCAACGGCGGAGCGUACGAUGCUUACACGCUUUGGGAACAAAUCGAUCACGGAGCGCAGUACACACCUGCCAAAAAGUGGCUCACCAGCGUUCCUAUUGCUCUGUGAGUUGGCGCUUUUCUUGUGGGGGCACCAGACUGCGAAACUUGCCAGCGCUCAAAGUCUGAGAGCCGCAGCUGACACUCCGUCCUGCUUCUCGUCCUCUCUCUCCUCACAAAGAUUCUUGAUCUCCACACAUUACACAAGGUACAAUCUCUACCUUUUCGCCCUCAAUUUCUGCGCCACCGUCUUCUCUCUCAUUCCCAAGCUUCCAAUGGUGAGUUUGAAUUCUGGCCACAGGGAUAAGAUCUUUACACUGCUUGCGUCAUGGUGAUCCCUUGCUCAUGCUUCACGACUGGCUACUUUGCCACGCAGCUUCAUCGGUUGAGAUUCAAGAUCUUGCCAAAUACGCCUUAUCCUAGUCGACCCAAUACGCCCACCAUCUCGCGGCCCAACAGCGCUGCUGGCUGGCGCUGA